ACAGAGGGAGAGAAGGAAGUAACUGAACAACUAAAGAUCCUCUCGAUCUCUGCGAUCUUAUUACGUUACCAAAGAAAAGCAAGACUCUCCUUCUUCCCUUUAAUUACAACUCUGCCACUUCUUCUUCUUCUUCUUCCUCUUCUCAAUAAAGCCUCUCUCUCUCUCUCUCUCUCUCUCUCUCUCUCUCUCACUACUUCUCUGGGUUCCAGAUCACUGUCUGAAUUCAGACAAUUUUCCUGAAUUGGAGAAUGUCGGAGAGCGAGGCUGUCCCCGACGAGUUUCGUUGCAACAGGUCGGACGGGAAGCAAUGGCGGUGCAAGAGACGGGCUUUGGAAGGGAAGAAGAUGUGCGAGACUCAUACCUCGCAGCUCACUCUCAAGCGGACCAAGAAGAGAGCUGCUUCUGCUGAGUCGACGAGAUCAAGAAGAGGAGACGAAGCGUCAGAGAUGGAGCGGAGAUCGAAGAAGAAGAGGAAGAGAGAGGUGGGAGAAGCAGAGGCUGUUGAUGAAGCUGUGAAGAAGAUGGAUUUGAAGAGAGGGGAUUUGCAGUUGGAUUUGAUAAGGAUGGCGUUGAAGAGAGAAGCUGAGAAGAAGAAGAAAGCACCAAAGAAGAAGAAGAAGAAGAAGAGGAAGGAGAUUAGUGUUAAUAAACAUUUCGUUGGGGAGGAGUUAACGAAGGUUCUUCCUUAUGGCAUUAUGGCUAUUUCUCCACCUUCUCCGACUACAAGCAAUGUGUCAUCUCCUUCUCCUUCUCCUUCGCCUUGUGAUGUUAAAGUAGGUGAAGAACCUGUUUCUUUGACUAAGAGAAGAUUCAGGUCUAAGAAUAUUGAGCCUUUACCUUUUGGGAAGAUGCAGGUGGUUCCUUUCAAGGGAAAAUUGGUUAAGGCCAAGAGGAGGUGCCAUUGGUGUGGAACCAGAGGAUUUGAGGACUUGAUUAGCUGUUUGAGUUGUGAAAGGGAGUUCUUUUGCGUUGACUGUAUAGAGAAAAGGAACAAGGGAUCAAAAGAAGAAGUUGAGAAAAAAUGCCCUGUAUGCUGUGGAUCAUGUAGGUGCAAGGCUUGCUCAGCCUCUGUGUCUGGAGUCACUGAAUGUAAGGAUUCUCGGAAUGUGAGGAGUGGUAUUGACAGGGUUUUGCAUCUACACUAUGCUGUCUGCAUGCUUCUUCCUGUAUUAAAAGAAAUCAAUGCAGAAGACAGAGCAGAGGUCGAAAACAACACCGCAGAAAAGAAAGGGAAAAAUCUAGCUGAACUGCAAAUCGAUAGCUCUGACUUAACCUCUGAUGAUCAACAGCUCUGUUGCAGCAGUCGUGACUCUGCUGUUGUGGAUUCACAAAAAAUGUGCACCCGAAGCUCCUCUGUCCUCAGGCUGAGUGCUGAUCAAGACAGGAGUCAAAGGAGCUUAUCUAAAAAGUUUGGUUUAGUCAAAUGCUUGAAUGGUGUAGAAUGUUGUAAGCACCCCUUAGCUAAUGCCUGCGACCAAUCUCUAAAUAAAGCUCUGGUAGAUUGUAAGCGCGAAGAGGUCAAAAGUUGCAGAAAUGACCUUUCUAUGAGGAGUCUAUUCUCUCUGGAGUUUACAAGCAAGUUAGAGACCAGUGCAGAGGAAAUAGUCAGUUGCUAUGAGUUGCCUGAAACCUUAGAUAAACACUUGCGAUGUCCGUUUUGUCUUGGAAGGGAAAAACCAUCUAGUAGCAGCCGUUUGAAAGAAGCAUCCAGGAGAAGAGGAGACUCAACUGAUAACUUCUUAUACUACCCCACAGUGAUGGAUUUUCAACAGAACAAUCUCGAACACUUUCAGACACACUGGAGCAAAGGGCAUCCUGUUAUAGUUCGCAGUGUGCUAAAGGGAGGUUCAAACCUGAACUGGGAUCCAAUAGCCUUGUUUUGUAGCUAUCUUAAGAAGAGCAAUAGCAAAACCGGUAAUGCAGCCGAUGGCGUGGAUUGGUUUGAGGUGGACAUUGGGGUGAAACAAGUAUUUUUGGGGUCUUUGAGAGGAGGAGAGGCUGAGACUAAUACUUGUCAAGAGAGGCUGAAAUUGGAGGGAUGGCUUUCGUCUUCUUUGUUUAAAGAAGAGUUCCCAAAUCAUUAUGCUGAAAUCCUGAGAAGUUUACCAAUUCCUUAUUACAUGGAUCCUAAGCGUGGUAUACUAAAUAUCGCUGCUGGUUUACCUGAUGUUAUCCAAGCUCCCAACCUAGGUCCAUGCCUCAAUAUCUCUUACAGGAGUGGUGAAGAAUAUGCAAAGUUUGAUUUUGUGAAGAAGUUAGGUUUUGAAACUUGUGACAUGGUUGAUAUCUUGUUGCAUGUCACAGAAACAGUAGUGUCAACAAAGCAGAUUUGCAGAAUAAGAAAGCUAAUGCAAAAUAUUGGAAGAGUAAGAUCUAAAAACCCAGAAAAGAGGAAGGAGAGUAGGGGAAAGAAACAUGAUAGGAUUGACACUUCAUAUGCUCAGAGGGAUUGGUCGGAUGACUCUUGCAGUUCUGAUUCAGAAUCUUCACAACACCGUUUAGGCAGUGGUGAGUUUAAGGUAGAGGAAAGAGAGAGUUGCAACGACUCAUGUGAAGAAGGAAGCCUAAGCAACUCUUGUGGUGCCCAAUGGGAUGUAUUCCAGAUACAAGAUGUUUCUAAACUUCUUGAGUAUAUUAAGAACCACUGUCUGGAGCUAGUGCCCACGGAUUCCAGCAAAGAACAAGUGUGUCAUCCAUUACUUGAACAGAGUUACUAUCUUGAUGAGUAUCACAAAGCAAGGCUUAAGGAAGAGUUUGAUGUUGAACCAUGGAGUUUUGAUCAAUGUGUUGGGGAAGCAGUCAUCGUGCCUGCUGGAUGUCCAUACCAAAAUAGAAAGAACAAGUCUUGCGUGAAUGCGGUCGUGAAUUUUCUUUCACCUGAACACGUUACUGAAUCUAUAAAACGAGUGGACGAGCUUAAUCAACUCCCUCAGAACGUCAAAACGAAUGCAAACAAGAUUGAGGUGAAGAAAAUGGCUAUCUAUAAAGUCAGCGAAGCUAUAAAGGAGAUCCGGGAGCUCACAUCUUCUGAUUCAACCGCUGCAUCGAGGUUAUAACUAGAAGUAGAGGUACCAAAUCUUUGAUUCUUGACGAUUGAGAACUACACCACCAUUCUUGGAGGAAAGAUUUAAAGCUGUUGAGUUAUAGUUUCAAGGACUAGCAGAAUGUAAAGAUAUAUAUUGUUGAAAAUAAACAAACAAGAACAAAAGAGGAACAAUGGGGGAAUUGAUUUGUCAUUCAGAUUGUUGUUAGGUGCGAAUUAAUAAAAGAAGCAUUGAUA